AUGGCAUUGCCAACCAAGUCCUGGUUGAUGCUGCUGACGGUUACCCCAAUGGUGAUUGUGUCGUUCUUAGUGGUAACGGAAGUUGAUGAUGCCGACUGGAAGGAAAUAGUGAAGAGAAGGAUGAAGAUGGCGAAUAGUUGUGUUCAUCUAUCGAAAAUCUUGAACCCACGGAAUAACGAACACUUGACGAUCGUUGGAGGCUACAACACUGGUGUUGGAAAUAUAGAGAUCUUUGAAGUUAUGAAAAAGCCGAUUACAAUUUUUCAAAUUCUUAUUGGAGGAUUGUUUGACAAACUCCUUGAUGAAACCUGUAAGGUGACGAGUUUUGAGAUCAAUCCUAGUUUCAACAAGUACUGUCAAACGUCUGGAGAAAUAAAAUAA